UCGCUCUGCUCCGACAGCUGCUACCUGCAGUUCAUCAGUAACUCCAAGAGCAAGGCCGACUUCUUCCUGACACCCAGAACAAAAGGGAAAUCCGAUUCCUUCUGUCCAACCUGAAGAUCUACAUGGAGCAUCUGAGGAGGUACCCGCACUCACUGCUGGUCAAGUUCCUAGGUGUUCACAGGAUCAACGUCCCUCACAGACGCAAGAAAUACUUCAUCGUCAUGCAAAGUGUGUUUUAUCCAGAUGAUCGGAUCAAUGCCAGGUACGACAUCAAAGGCUGUGAGGUGAGUCGCUGGACGGAGCCGGCGCCGGAGGGAAGCCCGAUCGUUGUGGUUCUCAAAGAUCUGAACUUUGAAGGGCAGCACAUCACACUUGACCGGCAGCGUCCAUGGCUCCUGCGGCAGCUGGAGAUCGACACACACUUCCUGCGGCGGCUCAACGUGUUGGACUACAGUCUCCUCCUGGGACAUCAGGACUUACAGAACGACGAGCGCCACCAGAGCCUGUCCUUCGCCACGCUCAUCGUGAGGACCAAGAAAUCGGUGAACCCCGGCUCCAGCCCGGUGGCUGUCCCCGGUGAGGUCCCACAGGACGACUCCAUCUUGCUUCUCCCUGAGGAGGACGGAGGAGGUUCCUCAGCUGGAGCUGGAGAAGCCUCGAGCAGCAGCUGGCCUCCCUCCUGCCCGGGACCCGCUGGGCCAGGCAGCGACGCCACCGAGCUCCCGGACUUCAGGGCCCAAAACCGACGUCUGCUCCCCAACCUGAAGAACCCUCUGCACGUCAUCGACGGGCCCGAGCAGCGCUACUUCGUCGGCAUCAUUGACAUUUUCACGGUUUAUGGUUUUAAGAAGCGGCUGGAGCACCUGUGGAAGAGGCUGAGACACCCGGGCCGCUCGUCCUCCACCGUCAGUCCUCAGACCUACUGCGUCCGGCUCUGUCAGUGGGUCCAGGACCACAGCCGCUAGUCUCUGUGAGAGGAAACCAGCUGGAGCCUCACGGCUGCUGUAACCUGAGUCCGGUGGAUAAAGGAUGUGUAGAGAUGA